CUGUCUAUCGUCUGUCUGUGCUGUAGUCUGUCGUUACUCGUUAGCGUUUGUGGUUUCGUUAGUGCGAUGUGUGGUGUCGUGAUUCACUGGCUAUUUUUUGAAUAAAUUUUAAUUUUUUCAUAAAUAUUUACUUUAUAAUUACUCAAAUCAUAUUAUUUUGAACAUCCGUUAAGUUUAAUAAUUUUCAUCUGUUUUUGAGAAGUUAUUUACAAUCAAAACUUGUGGUUUUUACGACUUUCCCGUUGGUGCAAGUGUAGUGCUCUUUCAAUUUUCAGGUUACUGUGAUACUGUCAAAUAUUUCAAGGCCCUCAUUUUUUAGUUGAGGGCCUGCGUCCUGGAGAAUGAUAGUGUUGGAGACGACCUGUUGAGAUGGAUUCGUCAGUGACGAAUGGCAGUAGUGAAGGCUAUGUGCCUCCAGCGACCGCCUUCACCGUUCACUUUGAUGCUGACACCCACAAGCAGAAUGGAGCCAGUCAUCUGAAUAACAAGUUCACGCGGCGACACAUCAGAAAUCUAUCGCUGCCAAUCGCCAAAGUCUACGAUAAUAAGGUUGCCAAUGAAGAGAACAAGACUAUUUUGAACGGGAAAAUUCCUCGAAGGGCAGGAAAUCACUCUGAAGGCUAUUUUUCAAGUGACACCGAAGAGGAUCCUACUAACCAAAAACUGUUUGUAAAAAAGGUUUUGAAUGUCGAUAAGAAAGUAUCGAAUCCGACUAAACUAGCUCAGGAGAAGAGAAGGAUGACGGAAAUUCCGGCUGACACCAAAUUCAAUAAAAUUGGAAAUGGUCACAAAGCUGUCGACGAUGAAGAUGAUGAUGAGGAGGAGGAGGAUGACGAAGAAGAGGAAGAAAGAGGAGGAGGAGGAAUGCUGGCGCAGAGAAGGAUAACGGAGAAUGAGGAGGAGGAGGAGGAGGAGGAUGAAGAUGGGGCGAGUGAAACGGGAACGUACACGAUCGAAAAAGACAACGAAGAGGUGACGACAGCGCGACUCAAUAUUGAUGCUGCUUUUGGAAUCAGCGAAGUCAAGAAAAGUGUUCCCAUGAAGUUUCUAACAAAUUCUACGGAAUCAAAAACGACGUGGGUGAAUGACUGGGCAACCCAAGUUGUAGAGCACAACAGUCUCACGUUGCAGGAUCCAACACCCUCACCCAAAAUAGCGCAAGUGUCCAGCUUGGGUAGUAACAACAGUAGCAGUAAUAUAACGAAGAUUCCGUCGCCAAUCAACAUGCGAGCGCGCCCUUUGUCCGCAAAAACAGCCGCUGAGCACAAUCGACAAUCGACCGUCAAGAGAAGAUCGGCCUCUAUGAACAGACAGACGAAGCAGCAGCCGCCGGCGCAGGAGGAAUGCAGCGACAGUAGCCUGGAAACUGAGUCGUUUCUGCUGGCGACAGAGCGACUGGUGUCUGCGAUGGCCGCCAGAGUGAGUCUGUCGCUGGACUCGGGCGGCGAGUCCGAUGUGGACACCAGUCACAGUCAGCUGGCGGCUGCCAAGGUCACCACCCCCUCUCCUGCUGCGGCUGCCAGGCGGUCAGACAGCAGUGCUAGUGAGGGGUCGGCGAGGGCUGCUUCUGCCCCCACCCACUGCUCCUCUCCUGCCACCGCCACCACUCGAUACAAUCGCGCCUUCAGUAUGAGGAGAGGACGCCUAGACGAGCCGGCCAAGAAGCCGGCAGUGGCGUCGGCGGCGGCAGAGAAGAAGCGAGUGACGCCGGUUCGACCGACGCCGACGCCAAAAGCGACGCCGGCUGCGCCAAGGCCGGUCAAGGCAAAGACGCCGGUUGUUGGCAAAGACACGGCUCCAACCCCCACCGCCGCCUUCUCCCGCACCGAUUGCGGCCGUUUCAGCAUGCGCACGCCCAAAUCCAAUGUGCCUCCGUCGCCGGCCGGGAAGAAAGAGUUGGGCGUGGUGAAGAAGAAGGGCAGUGCAGGACGCAGCAACUCGACGCUGUCCUCGAAGGAGGUGGAGUUCCAGAACUGGAAGCGGCGCAAGAGCUACGACCCGAUGAAGGCGGCCGCCGAGGGCAAGAAGAAGGAAGCGGCGGCCAAGAAGCAGCACUAUGCCGCCCCCGGAGGCGGCAACGUCAUGACCAACUCGGCCACCACGCCCAAGAGUCCUGUGAACCCAGUGCUUAGAUCUGCCUCAUUCCACGGCACUCGGCAGUUAACCAUGCCUUCCUCAUCGGACGAAGAAGAGGAAGAAGAAGAGGAGGAGGAGGAGGAAGAGGAAGAAGAAGUGGUUGGUCCUGUAGCUGUCGAAGAAGAGGAUUGGCCAGCUCCGUCCGCGCCCAGGACUUCUCUGGAAUCAACUCCUAGAGGAAGUCGCGUUUCCCUCUACAGCAAUACAUCGAAUUCAUCGCUUAGAACACGCCCUAAACUUGAGGGCGUGGACAACCUGGUGAUCUCGGCUCUAUCUGGGCUUUCAGCUAAAUUGAAAAUAGGAUCUUGCGGUCUUCUGAAGAAAUUAAGAUACCUGUACGACGAGGACAGCCCGAAGGCUCACCAGCUGAGUGCAGAGAUCGAGCAGCUGGAGGCGAGUGAGCCCUGCUCACCCCAAGUCAAGAGUCCUUCGCGCGAGCUCUCUACCACCCUGCGCAACCUCAAGAGGAUAGAGUCCAUGAUCAAAGUACUUGAUGAAGUUCUGUUCGACGAGGAGGACUUUCAGUAAGCUGUUGACAACUUGUUAUCAAUUUAGUUUGAAUAUAUUAUAGAUAAUAUAAUGGCAUAUUAGCCAGUCGAAAACGAAAAAUCAAAUAUUAAUCAAUGAUUUACGAUAAUUAUUACUUUACUGUGCUUUAUUCUUGGAAAACGAGUGCACUAAAUGUUUUCUGUAUUAUUUCGAUAUUUUGUUGAUGCUAAAAAGAGACUGUUAUUCUAUAAAAUAUUUGGUGCUUUGAUCACAAAUUAUUGAUAUGUUACUUCAACACAAUGCAGCUAAAAUUGUAUGGAUGAUGUGUGUGCUAUAUUGUUACCAAUACAAUUUUUAUGUACAGAUUUUUUAGAUAUCUAUAUAAUGAAAUUUAUUUGAGUGAGGAAAUAGUCGAAUAGGUUGCUAUGUUCGUUCUGGAUUUUUAGAUGAAAUAUUGUAUUUUUACAUUAGUUAGGGCCGAUUAGAACAUUUUCGAUGGUCGCUGUUCACUGUGUAUCAUUGAUCAAACAAUUAGGCUAUGUCAUUAUAAAUGGUGCCAAAUGUGAAGAACAUUUUAUUUGAUUAUUUGGAAGUGCUAGUUUAUUUAAUUUCGCUUCUUUAUAAUUUAAUUUCUUGUUGAAUCUUUUUCAAGAUUAAAAAUAAUCUGACCUUCAAUAAUAUUAUUGCUAUAUUGUUCAUUAAUAAUAGCAUAUAAUAUUGCUCAUGGACAAUGUAUCUAUUUCAUGUAGCUUUUUUAUAACAAAACAGCACACAAGUUUUUUUAUCUAUUAUCAAAGUAGACAACCUCCGAACAGCACAUCUGAAAGUUUCAUAAUUUUCUCACACUGAAAAACUUUGAAGUUAUUCAAAUUUUAUUAAAUUCUUCAAGCGUAUUUCAAGUCUGAAGCAGCAUGAUUGAGAGCUCAAUUUCUAAAGCCUCUUUCAUUCCUGUAAAACUUCAAAGUCUAUCAGGAUCAAAAUCCCAAUUCCAUCAUUAUAAUCUAGAAUUCAGCUAAAAAUUACUUCAUCUUAUUCUUUUAUUCACAUAAAAAAGUAGAUUGGGUCACUCUUAUUGUCAAAAGCACCCCUAUCACAGUGCACAAUCAAUGAUAAUCUAUUUAGCUGAAAUAAUUUUCAAAUGAGAGAUGUUAAAAUUUUACAGUAGAAUAAAAACUAACAGAUGGAAUUAAAUUAAAGAUUAAAUUUCUAAUUUAAUUCCAUCUGUAGACUGGUUGGCCGUUAUGGCUUCUUAUAAAAUGAGCGCUGCUAUCCAGAAUUUUUGGAUAGUAGCUCUCAUCGAAUUUCCAUCUAGCUGUUAACCCUGUUGUCAAUAAUUGCAUUAGCAGAAGUCUUAGGGGUGAUUUAUGGCAUUUAAUUAGGAUUUUCUUUGAAUAAUAAUUAUAAAAAACUAACAAUCUUCUUCACAUUAAUGUUUCAACAAUAAUUAUUGGCCAAUCCAUCCAUGACAAUAUUCAUGCAAAUGUGUAUUUGGUAGUCCAGUGACACUUAAUAAUAUUUCGAAAGAACUUACUAACCCAGUUAUCAUCUUUUGUUUCUCACUUUAUAUUAUAACAUCUUAAAUCAGGAUAAAUUACUUUGAAUAUUCUAACCAAGCAAAUAAUAUCGAUAGUUUGGAAAUUUAGAUUUACAAAUUUUGAAAUACUAAGUUUUCUAAAAUUGAAAAUGUACAGAUAUUGAUUCUCAAUACUUUAUGGCAGCUCGUUUGGUACUUUGAUGGCGGCUCAUUUUCUAUUAUGAAAUUUUUUAUUCUGCUCAGUGUAUUUUUUGUUACAAGGUAUGUGCAUAAUACAUAUUCCAUGAACAAAAAUGUCCAUUAAUCAUUAAUGAAUAUUAUUUAUGGAGUGAGUGAUUACUUAUAUUAUAAAACUGCUACAGUCUGUUCUUGCAACUUAGUCCAACUAAAGGUUGUAAUUAAAUAUUUCCAAUUUGAUAAAUAGUAUAAAUUUAUGUAAUAGCUUUGCACAAGAACAUAAUAUGGAAUUGAGGAUUUUUGUGUGUUUUGUAAUGUUUAAAAUAAAAGUAACUGAAGAUUUAUAUAAAUUAUGUGCAUGUGUGCAGAGAAAAUUUGUUCGUGACAUUUGUGGAACCAACAAACUCCUUGAAUUUACGAGUUGAAAUCGUGUUUGUAUUAUGAAGACUUAGGAAUGAAUACAUCGAAUUUUUUUAAUAAAUUGAUUUUCAUUGACAUUGGUUCAGAAAUUAGUUCAUUCCAAGAAGUAAAGAAGUUAUUAAUUAAGUUUAGGUUUUGGUGUCCUAAGAGCGUAAACCUUUUUUCAACCGGAUAGUAUCCUUUUACAAAUGAGGUUCCUGUUUAUUAUGUGUUUCUAGGACACAAGACAUUCACAAAGCACAAGAUAAAACUUUAUAGUUACGAUAGCCAAUAAUAAGUAUAGUCUUAUAUUGUUAUCCUCAGCACUGAAGAAAUACUGAUUGUUUUUGCAUUUUUUCGUUUACAGCUAAUGUGCCAGCUGAAAGAUAAUAAAUUAUCCUUGAAUUGUAGAUUACUGGAAUCGAUUCUAAUAUCUUCAAAUUGAGAUGUGCACUUAUUUGUUUCAAAUUUCAUUUAUUUACAAUCAAUAGAAGAUAAUUGCUUCUUCCCAGUGAAUUUUUAUUUCAUUUUCUCAGUAGAUUGUUAUGUACCCACAUGAACACUGGAGACGCUAUGUAUGUUCUCAACUGCCUGGAUUCGUCGAGUUUUGUGUUUAUUACUGCUUUAUAACUUGUUUGUUUUAAUUUUGGUUCUUUUUUAUGCAUCUGCAACUUCAUUAAGUUUGCCUUCUCUAUCUGGCUUAUAAGAAUGUUAAGAACUACUGUAAUAAUGCCACAUUUUUUGUUGAUAUUUAUAUAAUUUUGGAUAGUGUAUUAUGUUUUUUACCUCACUUCAACUACCUGAAGGCUCUCAAUCAUCACAUACCAAAGUUCCUUAGUAUUAUUACUUUCAUUAAUCUAUUAUUAUUUAUUCUCAAACCCUCUGUUGGUAGCAAUCAAUUUUCUUCACACGUCUCUUUCUUAACUGAAACUUAUAAAGAAGUUUUGUAAAAUAUUUAUUUAUUAUUGAUUAGAUUAAGUUGAAUCAUGCUCAUCAAUGUAUAGUUUGUAAGUUAUUCAUUAUAUAUAAAUUGUGUCAUAGUACCGUAUUUAGUUGAAUAUUUUGAAGUCACCAUAUUAUCCACAAAAUGUAACUUAAUUGGGUGUAGUCAUUGUUUAUAGAUCCUGUUCUGUAUUAUCGUCAGUUAUUUUUAUUUAUCAGCUUUCUAGAUCAUCAGCAGAUCAUCAUCAUUCACUUUCUCGAGAAUAGGUACCUCAUCAGAGCUGAUAAUAAAAAGUUUCCAUUAUAAUUUUAUUUGUAUAUUAUCACUGUAGAAUAUUUUGUUUACAUUACCAUCCAAUUAUUGGUUGUUGAAUUUUCCUCUAAAUAGCCAAGACAUCAGUGUUAGUACUCAUACUGCAUUCUUUUAAUUACCCUGUACUACCGAUAUUUGAUUUAUAACUCUUGUUUAGCAUAUAGAUUGCUCUUUUACCAUGCUGUUGAUAUUUCUGUGUACAAACUUCAGACCACAAUUAUUUUAUUUGCAAAGAAUAUCAUAGUUUGACGGGAAAUUCUCCAUCAAUCUUGUUUUUCACCACUUGAAGUCAAUUAAUGCAUUUAUUGUGUGCCAAAGAUACUAUAGAUCUGCAUAAGAAUUGAAAAAUGUUCACGAUUUCCAUCACAUCACCACUUGUGUACAGUGCAAUAUUGUUGAUUAAGAGUAGCGUGGCUACGUCUCACUUGUUCGAUUUCUCCUUGUUAUUUCAAUUUUGCAAAGUUGAUGUUUAUGUUAUGUUUCGCUGUUGGCAAAUUGAAAUUUAUAAAGUUGCUGUGCUUCAAAAUUGAAUGAAAUAUUAACUACAGUAAAACUGAAUUUAUGAAAGGAUAUCUAUGUAAAACAGAACAUUCAUCAGGCAUUAUGCAUGUAGUAAAGAACUGAAAUACAUAGUAUUCUCAAU